UGGAUAUCUACUUAUACUUACUUACUAAACCACUCUUGAAUUCUUACACAGUUCAUAAAAACAUUAUUGCUUGUUUGCUACUACAAUAAUCCCAAUCCCCAAAACCACACCCAAUUGAUACCUCUCAAAAAACCCCUCAAAAUGUCUCUCGCACGCCACGUACGCAGCUAUCCCUCUUCUCUUUUCCCCAAACAUAAAUCCCUCCUCUAAUAUCCAAAAUCCAGAUCGACCCCGACGAACUCAUCGAGAACCUCUCACACAUGCACAUGAAAGAAGCAGCCCGACACCACAAACACACCCAAGGCGGGGCCUUCGCCACAACCCCCUAUUCCACACGCUUCGCGAGUAAACAGGAGAUCCCGAAGUUCAAGAUUAGCGAGGAGGGUGCGCCGGCCGAUGCGGUGCAUCAGAUGAUUAAGGAUGAGUUGGAUCUGGAUGGGAUUCCGAAUUUGAAUUUGGCGAGGUUUGUUGAUUAUGUUUGUUUGGGUUUAUUUGGGAUGGGAUGUGCUAACUUUUGGAUAGUUUUGUGUAAGAGAAUAGAUGGGGAAUGCUUUGGAGGGAGCGUGAAUACUGAUGCUUGAAAUAGUGGUACUUAUAUGGAAGAGAACGCUCAGAAAUUGAUGUUUGAGAAUAUUGCCAAAAACAUGGUAAGGAAACAAACACUAUAUCCUCUACAGAAAGAAACUAACCUCAUAUAUCCCAGAGCGACGCAGACGAAUACCCAGCAAUGAUGCAGUAAGCACCUUACCCUCAACUCCCCAAAUCACAUAGUAACCCAAACCCCAGAAUCCACGCCCGCUGCAUCAGCAUCCUCGCCCACCUCUGGGGCGUCCAAAAAGGCGAAAAAGCCAUCGGCUCAGCAACAACCGGCUCCUCAGAAGCCAUCCACCUCGGCGGCCUGGCCAUGAAACGCCGCUGGCAAGAAAAGCGCACCGCAGCCGGAAAAGACACCUUCAAGCCCAACAUCAUAAUGGGUGCCAACGCCCAAGUCGCCUUGGAGAAAUUCGCACGCUACUUCGAGGUCGAGGCUCGUAUCUUACCCGUGUGUGAGAAGAGCGAGUACAGACUUGACCCCGAGUUGGUGAGGCAGAAUAUCGAUGAGAACACGAUUGGGGUGUUUGUUAUUCUGGGGAGUACGUAUACGGGGCAUUACGAGCCGGUUGAGGAGAUUAGUGGGAUUUUGGAUGAGUAUGAGAAGAAGACGGGUGUCGAUAUUCCGAUUCAUGUUGAUGGUGCUUCGGGGGCUUUUGUGGCGCCGUUCACGAAUGCGGGUGCUGGGGGAGCGAAAUGGGAUUUCCGACUUCCUCGUGUGAAGUCUAUUAAUGUUUCUGGACAUAAGUUUGGACUUGUUUAUGCGGGUGUUGGAUGGAUUAUUUGGAGGGAUGAGUCGUAUCUUCCGAAACAUUUGAUCUUUGAGCUUGUGAGAGAAGUGUUUUUGCAAUCCAAGGUUGCACUCGCUUACUAACAUGUUAUUAGCAUUACCUAGGAGGAACUGAAGAAUCAUACACUCUCAAUUUCUCCCGACCAGGAGCACAAGUCAUCGCCCAAUAUUACAAUCUAGUUCACCUAGGUUUCAACGGCUACCGCUCAAUCAUGGAAAACUGUCUCUCCAACGCACGACUUCUUUCCAAGUCUCUCGAAGCAACAGGCUGGUACACCUGCGUAUCCUCAAUCCAUCGCAAGAAGGGAGUCCACUCGUUCAACCCCUCUCUCCCUGUCUACGAAUCCGACAACGAAACAUCCGCCGACUACAACGCCGGACUCCCAGUCGUAGCAUUCCGCUUUAGCGACGAGUUCAAAAAUGAAUUCCCGCAUAUCAAGCAAGUUAGCGUCAGCAACUUGCUACGUGCAAAGCAGUACAUUAUCCCAAACUAUCCUUUGCCUCCUAAAGCCGAUAAUCUUGAGAUUUUGAGGGUUGUGGUGAGGGAGAGUAUGAGUUUGGAUCUUUUGGAUAGGUUGAUCUCGGAUAUCUGUGAGACGACGCAGAGUUUGAUUGUGAGUUCAUUUUGUAUAUCAAGUGAAAGGGGUGAUUGCUAAUGCUUUGACCAUAGGAAAAUGAUGAGACGGAUUUGAGUAUUUUGAGCCAGCGAAAGGAUACUAGUGCUGAGAAGACACACUCCAGCUCCGGAGAGCAUAGCAGUAAGAAAGGCCAAGGAAGAGGCGGAAAGAGACCAAUGAGUGAGGGUGUACAUAGGAGUGUAUGCUGA